AUGAUAUCAACUGUAGCGAUGAACGAAUCGAUUUCAAUUAUAGGUGCUGGUUUGGCUGGUUCUGCAUUGUCAGUGCUUCUGUCGAAUCACGGAUUCAGCAAUAUCAAUGUCUAUGAGAAGCGUCCAAGAGAGACCGAUCAAACACUUCCACAGAAUCGUGCGAGAUCUAUCAAUUUGGCUUUGUCUGAUCGUGGUAUCAAGACUCUCAAGGCUGCCGGUGUCAUCGACGAGAUCGAGAAGAUCGCCAUUCCAAUGAAGGGCCGUAUGAUUCAUUCGAUCGACUCCAAGACCAACUUCCAGCCGUACUCCUCAAACUCUGACAAGCAUCUUCUCAGUGUCUCGCGUCAGUUGCUCAACGAGAAGAUGCGUGACUACGCCGAGCGCAAGUCGGGCGACCGCAUCAAGUUCCACUAUGACGUCAGCUGUCGUGACGUCAACUUCCGUGACAACAGCUUCACCCUGGUCAACAAUGAAACCAAAGAAUCAAAGAGAAUCACUACAAACACAUUGGUCGGAUCGGACGGUGCUUUCUCAGCGGUGCGUCAAGCAAUGACACGUCAAGACCGUCAGGAAUACUCACAGUCGUUCUUGGAGCACGGCUACAAAGAACUCUGCAUUCCGGCCGGUCCCAACGGAACAUUCCUGUUGGAACGCGAAUGUCUUCACAUUUGGCCGCGUGGAGCAUACAUGAUGAUCGCGCUUCCAAACAUCGAUGGUAGUUUCACAUGCACUUUGUUCUUCCCGUUCGAAGGUGAAACCAACUCGUUCGCCGCGCUCAACUCGCGCGAGAAAGUCGACAACUUUUUCAAGACCAUUUUCCCCGACGCCUAUGCAGUCAUGCCAACACUGCUCGACGAUUUCGACGCCAAUCCAACUAGCUCGCUCGUCACCGUAAAGACCUAUCCAUGGUCGGUCGGUUCCAAAGCAGUGUUGAUCGGUGAUGCCGCACACGCCAUCGUGCCGUUCUACGGCCAGGGUAUGAACGCCGCCUUUGAAGACGUCUUAGAUCUCUACCAAUGCAUCAUCGAAGAAUCGAAAGGCUCGGUGGAGUUUAGCAAUGAGGCGUUCACCGCUGCCUACCGACGCUAUCAAAUCAACAGAAAGAAGAACUCUGACGCCAUUGCAGAGAUGGCAGUAGAGAACUUUAUCGAAAUGCGUGACAAAGUUGCCGAUGAGAUGUUUGUCUUUAAGAAAAAGGUAGAGCAUCUCUUGGAAGAGAAAUUCCAACUUCGUUACAUCUCUCGUUAUGAACUCAUCUCAUUCUCAACCACACCCUAUAGCGAAGCACAACGUAUCGGUCUCAUUAACCAACAGAUCCUCUCAGAGUUGGUGAAAGAAGCAAACUUUGAUAUCAACAAAAUAGAUCUUACCAAAGCCGAUAACCUAAUUAAACAAUUAUUAGGUAAAUAA